GGGGUUACACACGGUUUGUGUGAUCCCUAUAGCUUCAGGUCCCUGAGAGUGACUGUAAUCUAUUAGGGAUUGCCUUGAUAUUUGAAGAGUUAGCAUUACCUGAAGAUAUCCUGCUUUAUCAUUAGACUCUGAGUCUAGCUUGCUGGUUGAGGAACACCAUGAUGGCACAGGGAUAGUGGGCCGGGCUGUGGGCACGUGGUGGAGAGCCUUCCUAUCCCAAGGGAGGAAAGAAGCGUGGCGUGGGGGCUGGUCGGCGCCUUAGCUGGUUCCCAUGGAUGGCUGGCUCUGCCUUUUUCUGCUUGACUUCCUUUGGCCCUCCUCAGAGCUGAGCAGGUGGCUGUCAGCUGCUGGCAGCCCCCCACCCACACAGCCUGGCCCUGCCCAUUGGCUCCUGCACCCAGGCUUACAGGCAGUCACCCCCGUCCUCCCUACAGACAGCACUACCACCUGGGAGCUGCUGGCCCUGCCUCCUCUACUCUUAUGUGUGUGAUCCUUCUGGGUACUGGGGCUCUGGCAUAUCUGUGCUGAGUGUAUACUUGCAGGGGAGAGCACAAGCCUGGGGCCAAGAGUGUUUCUGAGUAUUCCCACCAUGCCAGCCUCCCUUCAUCGGGUCUACAAUCUUUUCCUGACUCUGGAGCAGCUCCAGUGGGAGACACAGUACAAAGCCACUUAGCCUUAGUGGUCCUCCAUCUCAUCGGGGACAGAAAGGAGGACCCUGUCAUCAAGACGCGAGAGAGCAUUUUGGACGUCUGAGAAAGGUGCGACCAGAAAGCACCCUAACAAUUAUUAUAAUUGAAUGAAUUAGAGACACUCGCUCAAAAAGAAAGUGUCAGCCCCCAGGAAGGAUGUCUUCCUUCUGGAGGAUGGUCUCACUGACAUUAUUCAGUGCCCUCUGGUCAGUCCGGUGCCUCUGCAGUUACCCCGACAUACAUCCUCAUCCCCUUGCAGUGGGGCUGGGCCCUCAUUUGAAGCACGCCUCCGCACUGCCUCCUUGCUCCUUGCAGACCCAAUUGGGUUAGCCCGGCCCCACCGAGCCCAGUGCAGAGGACUUGGGGAGGCAGCUCCUCUGUCGUGGCCUCUCCUGUCCUCUCUCUGAUGAGCCCUCCAGGCAGAGCAGAGCCUUGUUGGUAUGUUGUUUCCUCACUUUGGUGCCCUGGCUGGAUGGGAACAGCUGGGACUUGCUCUAUGGACUCUGCUGAACAGGCUGGCAUCCUCCAGGGACUUUUCCCCACCCACACAGGAACGAAUCCUGCAGAACUGGAUUCCCAAGGGCGUGAGCUAAGGAAGCUGAACUGAGGUUGGAGGUGACAGUGGUGACAAUCUAGGCCUUGCAGGAGACCUCAGUUUAUAGGAAGCAAAUGCUGUGUUGAGGCAAAGCUGAGAAAGGUGGUAGAUAGGGAAGGCCAGGCCUAAAGAGAGCUACUGUGUCUUCGUCUCCAACUCCACCCAUUUUCUGUGUCCUCUUUCAGAGGAGCUUCUUUUCUACUUCGCAGCAUCUACAGUAUUUUCAGAGCAUUUAGGGUUUCCUAGGUGUUGCUUUUUGGAAAUUCUGUGGCUGUUUUUCUGAUACGGGAUGGGCUGCUGUGAAAGUUGUGUGUAAAGUUCCCUCAGUGGUCUCCUCAGCUGGAAGCCAAGGUUGGUCAGGGGAGGUCAUCCUGGGACCUUUCCUGUCCCCCUACCUUUCUCUGGAAGGCCAAGAAAGCUGGAGGAGUCCCUCAUAACUACUAUGCCCUUAGAGGGAACCUGGGGUGAACUGGAUGGGAAGGAUUGGUUCUUGGGUGAGGGAAGAGGGGAGGAGGAAGCAGGAAGUAGGAACCAGACAGAGAUGAGAUGUGGCUGCUCUGGCUCCUGGGAUGAUUCCUGGGUUAGAAAUACACAUACUGCCAAGGCUUUUCUUCCGUCUUUGCCAAAUGUUCCAUUCAGUUGAUUGCCAGCUUCUGGUCCCUGGCCCUGCAAUCAAAAUUGCCAGCUGUAGAGGAAGGAAAGUUUUUAGAGGAGCCACAAGCUGUCUCACCUCUUCCAUCCUGGUCUCUCCUCAUACGCAGAGCCCACAGUCUAUAGGGUAUGUGGCAGGAGCUAUGAUCUCCAAGGAUUCUAUGUGUGUGCAUGAGGCCAAAUGGUUUCUGAGCUAGAAUCGGGGUCUCUGAGUUGGAGUCAGCAGGGCAUGCAGACCUGAUUUUAUGUAGCUGUGACCCACAGGCUCCAAGCUCCUGUCCCUCUGCUUGUCUAGGACCCAGAAGGACUUUCACUAAACUCUUUUGUGCACUUUGGCUUCAAAUUAAUGGAGAGUCCAGGGUAUGGUAUGCCCAGGGAGUAGAAGGAUGGAGAGUAAGUCCUGGUAGGAAAUGCCAGACUGUGUGGGGCUGCUUUAGUUUAGCUAUAGAGGUCACUAGAGAGGGGAUGUAUAAGUGGGAAGAAAACACAAACUGUUAUUUUCUGUCUUCUCACAUUUGAAACUAAAUGAGAGGUACUCAGAGGGCACGCACUCUAGAGCAGAGAAAUACCUUAUUGGUGCAUGUGAUUCCAUAAUAGACCUGCCAUCAAAGAAGCUUAUAGAGCUGUAGACAACCUGUGGGUUUUCCAUAAGGAAACAGGGAUCAGAUGCACAUCUGUUGGAGGCUGGGAGCUGGCCUGCUUGACCUUAAUACAUCUCCCUGCUGGAGGAGUCGGAUUCCUGGCAGAGUGUGUUGAUGUUCCCUGUUAGAGCCGGGCUGUGGGAGGGGCAGGUGGAGCCAGUGGCACGUGUGUGGAGUGAGAUGCAGGGCAGCGUCCCCGGCUGCAAAGCCAGUGGGAUUGGAGGUAUGGGUGAGUGUGGGUGCUGGGGGAUGGACAGAAGUGGAGGUCCUCUCUGAAGAGAAAAACCUGGACACCAAAGGGUUUAAGUCCUCAUGGCUUCUGACUCCCUGACCCUGCCUGCCCUUAGGGGAGGUGCUGAGGGUCCCUUCCUGGGGAAGUCCUAGAGCUGACUCUCUUCCCUUAGUAAAAUCUACUGAAAAUCAGGAUGCCCAAGACUGGGGGCUUGAAACCCUGCAUAUUCUUCACCACCUUGCUUGAGAGCUUUCUAUUUUCCCUGCCCACUGAAGAUGGUCCAAGAAAUGCAGUACCUUCUUACUUCCUGCUUUACACCCCAAGAGGGGAUUGGAUUCUUUAUGUAUGUGUCUGCCACCUUUGCUAGAUUGUAAGCUCCCUGGAAUUGUGCCAUAGUCAUCUGAAUACUUCUAGUCUUUAGAUAUGUAUGUGCCUGGCAUGUAGCUGGUACUCAACACCCAUUGGGAUCCAAUCUGUGGCUCAGGGUAUGGGGAAGAGAUGACCCAGACCCCUCUAGAUUCUCCCAGUCCCAAGCAGAACCAUUCUGUUAGGCUGCCUUCCAGCAAGACAGCAGGAACCCUCACCACCCACUGGCUCCAGUGGUGGCCCCUGGGCUCCUCCCACUCUGGCACAGGGACUAAACAGAGCCAGCUCCACUGGAGGGAGUGCCCUCUCCUUUCUUUCCACCCUUUGACUCUGAACCAUUGUGUCACUCUGUCCUGACCCCAUUUCCUCCCUGGCCAGCCCUCAGCCAUCUGUGGGCAGCUGUGAGACUGAGUUUGGUGCCUGGUGCAACUCAGACCCUGGCACCGACCUGCUUGGCCAUAGGCAUAUCCUCUUGUUUCAUCAGCUGACUGUGCUUUUUGGGGUGCCUCUACCCAGGUCCUCUUGUCUUCCUGAGAGUUCUGAAACCCUCUUCUGUGGGGUCAAAUGUGGCUGCACAUUCGAAUCACUUUAGGGGCUUUGGAAGCAUCCAGCAUCUAGGCACUCACCCGACUGAGUCAGAACCUCCAGAGGAGAGGCCGGGAAUGUGUAUAUUUUUAAAGCUUCCCAGAUGACAGACAAUUGCAGUCACUCAAAUAUGCAGUGUGCAUUAGAUGACAUUAUUGUUGUCAAUGUUAAGUUUUGUGGGUGUGCUCAUGGCAUUGUGUUUACAUAGGAGAAUGCCCUUGCUCUCAGAGAUUCAGACUGAAGUUUUUAGAGGCAAAGUGUUUCUUACACACACUUUGCAAAGGGCAUCUUACUUUCAAAUGGUAAAGUAGAACAAGAAAGAGAGCAAAUGUGGGGAAAUGUUAACAAUUAUUGCAGGCAGGUGGUGAAAGAAAACUUGCUGUAACAGACCUUCUGGACGAUUUCCAUCUGUUUUCUAGGAGGUGGACAUUAGGAGAGAACGCAGCCUGAACCACCAAGGUGUAUAACUCCAGGAGGCACCAUUCACAUGGUUUUAUUUUUUGUGGUCAGGGGUUGUCAUUCACAUAGAAUACAAUGUGUGGGGUGCCCCCUGGAGUUGUGUGACAUUGUGGCACUGGCCCCAGCCAUCUCUCCCUGGAUGGGCUGCAGAGUAGCAGAGAUGCAGGCCCUGAUCUACCCUUCCUCUUUCAAGGGACCGAUGUGGCGAUUUGUUUUUAUACAGAAUCCCUAGUAGCCCUUGAAGACUAAGGGAAUAGAGCACUCUUUAUUUUUAUUUUAUUUUAUUUAUUUUAUUUGAGACAGGGUCUCUGUCACUCAGACUGGAGUGCAAUGGCAUGAUCAUGGCUCGCUGUAGCCUCAAACUCCCAGGCUCAAGCAAUCCAUCCACUUCACCCUUCCAAGUAGCUGGGACUACAGGUGCAUGCCACCACACCCAGCUAAUUUUUUCCCCCCAAAGGAUGGUCUUGAACCCUGGGCUCAAGCAAUCCUCCCACCUCAGCUUCCCAAAGUGCUGGGAUUACAGAUAUGAGCCACCACGCCUGGCCCUAGAGCAAUUUCUAAUGUAGAACCUGACAGAGAGAGAACCGAAUUGGGGAAGGGGGGAGGCAGGAAACAUGAAACCCUGAUUCCUAAAAUACUUUCUGCGUGUCCUCUAGUCCUGGAAAAUGAAAUCUAGGGCUUGAAUUUUUAGAGGAAGCCAGCUCGCUGUGUUUCAAGGUCGUUGGGACUGGUUGCUCCUGCCUUUCCGUCUCUGGAGUUCCCUCAUGUCUGGCUGCUGCUCUCUGAACCUUUACUUCACCUUGGGGGUGGCCCUCCUGGUCCUGUGAGGGAUGCUGUUUGUCCUGUUUCCUCACUGCCACCUCUCAGCAUCAUAGUGAGCUGAGUGCUGAGCCUUUGGGAGGAGCAUUGCCAGUGUGGCCCCGGGCGUGAGAUCUGUCAGAGAGCUGGGCUUCCUUCCCUGUGUGGCUGAGACAGUCUAGUGGUGGCCUGUCCCAGAGCCAGGAGGAUGGUGGUUAGAGACGGGUAGCUCGCCUUUCCUCCGUCUGAAUUCCAGUCUGGGAAGAGCUUCAGGAACAGCGCCUGCUUGGAUCACCCUGGGAUCACCCUUUCCUUCUCUUUCCUGUAACUUUGGAGUCCUCUCAGAGAUUUGACCUAAGGAAUUGAUGCCCACACAGCAUGUCACAACCCUCCAGAACUGACGUUGGCAGGAAGUAGAGACUUCUUUGUCACCUGUGUCCCCCAUCCUCGCCAUGUCUUCGACUCAGGGCAAUGGGGAACACUGGAAGUCCCUGGAGUCGGUGGGCAUCAGCCGCAAAGAGCUGGCGAUGGCCGAAGCCUUGCAGAUGGAGUAUGAUGCCCUGUCCCGGCUCCGGCAUGACAAGGAGGAGAACAGAGCCAAGCAGAACGCAGACCCCUCUCUCAUCAGCUGGGAUGAGCCUGGGGUAGACUUCUACAGCAAGCCGGCAGGAAGGCGGACCGACCUCAAGCUGUUACGCGGUCUCUCUGGCUCUGAUCCUACCCUCAACUACAACUCACUCUCCCCACAGGAAGGGCUGCCCAACCACUCUACCUCCCAAGGGCCCCAGCCUGGCCCAGAUCCCUGGCCCAAAGGCUCCCUGUCUGGAGACUACCUUUACAUUUUUGAUGGUUCAGAUGGGGGAGUUUCUUCAUCCCCAGGACCAGGGGACAUAGAGGGCUCUUGCAAGAAACUAUCCCCACCUCCUCUGCCUCCCCGAGCUUCUAUCUGGGAUACCCCUCCCCUGCCUCCCAGAAAGGGGUCCCCCUCAUCCUCCAAGAUCUCCCAGCCCAAUGACAUCAACACUUUCUCAUUGGUCGAACAAUUGCCGGGCAAACUGCUAGAGCAUCGGAUCCUAGAAGAGGAAGAGGUGCCGGGAGGUGGGGGUCAGGGGCGCCUACUGGGGUCUGUGGACUAUGAUGGUAUCAAUGAUGCAAUUACUAGGCUCAACUUGAAAUCGACCUAUGAUGCGGAGAUGCUGCGGGAUGCCACCAGGGGCUGGAAGGAGGGCCGAGGGCCCCUGGACUUCAGCAAAGACACCUCUGGAAAACCCGUGGCCAGGAGCAAGACUAUGCCCCCUCAGGUGCCCCCCCGCACCUACGCCUCCCGCUACGGCACCCGAAAGAAUACGACGCCUGGCAAGAACCGCCGGAUUUCUGCAGCCCCGGUGGGCUCCCGGCCCCACACCGUUGCCAAUGGCCAUGAGUUGUUUGAGGUCUCAGAAGAGAGAGAUGAGGAGGUUGCUGCAUUUUGCCACAUGCUGGAUAUCCUUCGAUCUGGCUCUGACAUCCAAGACUACUGCCUCACCGGCUAUGUCUGGAGUGCUGUCACCCCCAGCCCAGAGCACCUAGGGGAUGAAGUCAACCUGAAGGUGACUGUGUUGUGUGACAGGCUUCAAGAGGCACUCACUUUCACCUGCAACUGUUCCUCCACUGUAGACUUGCUUAUCUACCAGACUCUGUGCUACACCCAUGAUGACCUGAGGAAUGUGGACGUGGGUGACUUUGUGCUAAAGCCCUGUGGGCUGGAGGAGUUCCUGCAGAACAAGCAUGCCUUGGGCAGUCAUGAGUACAUCCAAUACUGCCGCAAGUUUGACAUUGACAUUCGGCUACAGCUGAUGGAGCAGAAGGUUGUGCGCAGUGAGCUGGCUCGGACGGUGAAUGAUGACCAGAGCCCUUCUACCUUGAACUACCUCGUCCAUCUCCAAGAGAGGCCCGUCAAGCAGACCAUCAGCAGGCAGGCCCUGAGUCUUCUGUUCGACACUUACCACAAUGAGGUGGAUGCCUUCCUGCUGGCUGAUGGGGACUUCCCACUGAAGGCUGACAGGGUGGUCCAGUCCGUCAAGGCCAUCUGCAACGCCCUGGCCGCCGUGGAAACCCCUGAGAUCACCAAUGCUCUCAACCAGCUGCCCCCCUGCCCCUCCCGCAUGCAGCCUAAAAUUCAGAAGGAUCCCAGCAUCUUGGCUGUGAGGGAAAACCGAGAGAAGGUCGUGGAAGCCCUGACCGCUGCCAUCUUGGACCUGGUGGAGCUGUACUGCAACACAUUCAAUGCAGACUUCCAGACGGCAGUGCCCGGGAGCCGCAAGCAUGACCUGGUCCAGGAGGCCUGCCAUUUCUCCAGGGCCCUGGCCUUCACUGUCUAUGCCACCCACCGCAUCCCCAUCAUCUGGGCUACCAGCUAUGAAGAUUUCUACCUCUCCUGUUCCCUCAGCCAUGGCGGCAAGGAGCUGUGCAGCCCCCUGCAGACCCGAAGAGCUCACUUCUCCAAGUACCUCUUCCACCUCAUCAUCUGGGACCAGCAGAUCUGCUUCCCAGUGCAGGUGAACCGGCUGCCUCGGGAGACCCUGCUGUGUGCCACUCUCUAUGCUCUGCCCAUCCCCCCACCGGGGAGCUCCUCAGAGGCCAACAAGCAGCGGCGGGUGCCUGAAGCCCUGGGCUGGGUCACUACCCCACUCUUCAACUUCAGGCAGGUCCUGACCUGUGGCCGGAAGCUUCUGGGUUUAUGGCCAGCAACACAGGAAAAUCCCAGUGCCCGUUGGAGUGCACCUAAUUUCCACCAGCCAGACAGUGUCAUCCUGCAGAUUGACUUCCCCACCUCGGCCUUUGACAUCAAGUUCACCAGCCCCCCUGGAGACAAGUUCAGCCCCCGCUAUGAGUUUGGCAGCCUCCGGGAAGAAGACCAGCGCAAGCUUAAAGACAUCAUGCAGAAAGAGUCCCUCUACUGGCUCACUGAUGCUGACAAGAAGCGCCUGUGGGAGAAGCGAUAUUACUGCCACUCGGAGGUGAGCUCGCUCCCCCUGGUGCUCGCCAGCGCCCCCAGCUGGGAGUGGGCUUGCCUGCCUGACAUCUAUGCUCUCCUGAAGCAGUGGACCCACAUGAACCACCAGGAUGCCCUGGGGCUCCUGCAUGCCACCUUCCCAGACCAGGAGGUGCGUCGUAUGGCCGUGCAGUGGAUUGGCUCACUCUCGGAUGCCGAGCUGCUGGACUACCUGCCCCAGCUGGUACAGGCCCUGAAGUAUGAAUGCUACCUGGACAGCCCGUUGGUGCGCUUCCUCCUGAAACGAGCUGUGUCUGACUUGAGAGUGACUCACUACUUCUUCUGGUUGCUGAAGGAUGGCCUCAAGGACUCUCAGUUCAGCAUCCGCUACCAGUAUCUGCUGGCAGCCUUACUGUGCUGCUGUGGCAAGGGGCUGAGAGAGGAGUUUAACCGCCAGUGCUGGCUUGUCAAUGCCCUGGCCAAACUGGCCCAGCAGGUCCGGGAGGCAGCCCCAUCUGCAAGGCAGGGAAUACUCCGCACAGGCCUGGAGGAGGUGAAGCAGUUCUUUACCCUCAAUGGCUCGUGCCGCCUGCCACUCAGCCCCAGUCUGCUGGUUAAGGGAAUCGUGCCCAGGGACUGUUCCUACUUCAACUCCAAUGCUGUCCCCCUCAAACUUUCCUUCCAAAAUGUGGAUCCCCUGGGUGAGAACAUCCGUGUCAUCUUCAAGUGUGGGGACGACCUUCGCCAGGACAUGCUGACGCUGCAGAUGAUUCGCAUCAUGAGCAAGAUCUGGGUCCAGGAGGGGCUGGACAUGCGCAUGGUCAUCUUCCGCUGCUUCUCCACUGGCCGGGGCAGAGGGAUGGUGGAGAUGAUCCCUAAUGCCGAGACCCUGCGUAAGAUCCAGGUGGAGCAUGGGGUGACCGGCUCGUUCAAGGACCGGCCCCUGGCAGACUGGCUGCAGAAACACAACCCUGGGGAGGACGAGUAUGAGAAGGCUGUGGAGAACUUUAUCUACUCCUGCGCUGGCUGCUGCGUGGCCACGUACGUCUUGGGCAUCUGUGACCGACAUAACGACAACAUCAUGCUGAAGACCACUGGUCACAUGUUCCACAUUGAUUUUGGCCGCUUCCUGGGCCAUGCCCAGAUGUUUGGCAACAUCAAGCGGGACCGUGCCCCCUUUGUCUUCACCUCGGACAUGGCGUAUGUCAUCAACGGGGGUGACAAGCCUUCCAGCCGCUUCCAUGAUUUUGUUGACCUUUGCUGCCAAGCCUACAACCUCAUUCGCAAGCACACCCACCUCUUCCUCAACCUUCUGGGCCUGAUGUUGUCCUGUGGGAUCCCUGAGCUGUCAGACCUGGAGGACCUCAAGUAUGUGUACGAUGCCCUGAGGCCUCAGGACACAGAGGCCAAUGCCACUACCUACUUCACUAGGUUGAUUGAGUCCAGCCUGGGCAGUGUAGCCACAAAGCUCAAUUUUUUCAUCCAUAAUCUGGCUCAGAUGAAGUUCACGGGCUCAGAUGACCGGCUGACCCUCUCCUUUGCCUCCCGAACACACACUCUCAAGAGCUCUGGCCGAAUCAGUGAUGUUUUCCUCUGCCGCCAUGAGAAAAUCUUCCACCCCAACAAAGGCUAUGUAUAUGUGGUAAAGGUGAUGCGAGAGAACACUCACGAGGCCACCUAUAUCCAGCGGACCUUUGAGGAGUUCCAGGAAUUACACAAUAAGCUGCGGCUGCUCUUCCCCUCUUCCCACUUGCCCAGCUUCCCUAGUCGCUUCGUGAUCGGCCGCUCCCGGGGAGAGGCAGUGGCCGAGCGGCGGAGGGAGGAGCUAAACGGUUACAUCUGGCAGUUGAUCCACGCAGCCCCUGAGGUGGCCGAGUGUGAUUUGGUGUACACCUUCUUCCACCCACUGCCUCGGGAUGAGAAGGCUAUGGGCACCAGCUCAGCUCCUAAGUCCUCAGAUGGCACGUGGGCCCGGCCCGUCGGAAAGGUGGGAGGGGAGGUGAAGCUGUCCAUCUCCUACAAAAACAAUAAACUCUUCAUUAUGGUGAUGCAUAUUCGGGGCUUGCAACUGCUCCAGGAUGGAAAUGACCCUGACCCCUAUGUGAAAAUUUACCUCCUUCCUGACCCUCAGAAAACCACUAAGAGGAAAACCAAAGUGGCCCGGAAAACGUGCAAUCCUACCUACAAUGAGAUGUUGGUAUAUGAUGGGAUCCCCAAGGGAGACCUGCAGCAGCGGGAGCUCCAGCUGAGUGUGCUGAGUGAGCAGGGAUUCUGGGAGAACGUCCUCCUCGGUGAGGUGAACAUCCGCCUGCGAGAGCUGGACCUGGCUCAGGAGAAGACUGGCUGGUUUGCACUGGGAUCUCGAAGCCAUGGCACCUUGUGAGCCCAGCAGAGCCACCACCCAGGAUCCCAGGCUGGUGGUGGGAGCUGGAGGAGAGGACUCUCCCCUGCGAGACUCUUCCUAGUGAAGGGCCAGGGCCCUGGGCGGGCCCCCUGCUCGGUCCAGGUGAUUCUGGCCUUUGUAGUAGGAGGCAGGGAGAGUAAGACAUGCUCUGCUGUCUCUUCCUCUGGAGACUGAACUGGGUUGGUUGUGAUGAGCAGCCCCUUGGAGGCUGUGAGGUUGCAGCAAAGUUUUAAGUUUACCUUGUGUCAAGGGAGCAAUGCUUGGUUUGGGGAGUGUGUGGGGUGGGCUGUAUGAAGUAGCAUUUUGGGGGUGGGUGGGCGGAUAUCUUUAUUUUUAUUUUUAAAAAAUGAAAUAGUGAUGUUGUCCUAACUGGGACAGGAAGCCUUGCGAGAAGGGACAUACCUAUGCCCCAGAAGGCAAGAGAGGAAGACUAUUUGGACUUUUUGUAUGAUUAAGGUUCUUAUUGGACUUUUCCCUAGGUUUUUUUUUUGUUGUUGUUGUUGUUUUGUUUUCUAGCUAUAGGAACUAUUAGGGGAGGGGCCCAGUGGGUCCUCGGCCAGAGCCCUCUCUAAGGACAGGUUGGGGAGGGCUGGGGAGGGCUGCCUGUGCUGGACUGAGGCUUGCGCCACUGGGCCUUUCUGAUUUUGCCUCCAAAGGAGAGCGCUGUGAUACCUACAUGUGUAAGGAAGGGCCUUCCGUAUUGGGGUUCUGCCAAGGACCCGUAUUCAGGGACCCAUGCUCUUUUUGGGGGACUUUUCCUUUUGUCUUCCCUACUUUAUUAGGACUUGCCCUGAAUACCAUUUUCUACUCCUUGCCCCUUCAUUCUCCCGGCCCUUCCGGGAGUCAGCUGGUCUCUAUGAAUAGGCUGGGGGUGCUUCCCCAUAGGUCUCUCCCUUCAUUUCUCUCUGGUGGGACAAAACGCUGACUUAGUCCUUAGAUGUAGUUUCACCCAAGAGCACCUUGGCCCUAGGAAGAGGUCCCUGGGCUGCAGAUGCCACUGUGACUGCUUGCUAGGUAGCCUCUGGAAAGCAUUCACCAUCCAUCACUCCCCACUUCUUUCUGCUGUGCUGCUUCCCUCCCAAACUCCAUUUCUGUCACCCUUUUUAUAAGACUUUUCCUCAUUCUGUGGGGCCAUAAACCUAUUUAGUCUGGAGCCAAAGGGAUGCCCUAUCUGAAGGAAAGGGGCAUGGGGUGGGGGAUUCCAUCAAAACUGUUAUUUUUUGCCCCAUGAUUUUUCUUUGGUCAGUAGGAGGCUGGAUUGGAGUGAUUAUUCCCCUGGAGCUAAGCUCAGGAGCCCAAAGGGAGAGACUGAGACUGAGUCUCUUAUCUCUUCAUAUUCUUUAUUCCCUACCAGAUGGUGUUUUUUUUUUUUUUAAUUUUUUUUGGAGACAGAGUCUCGCUCUGUCACCAGGCUGGAGUGCAGUGGCAUGAUCUCGGCUCACUGCAACCUCUGCCUCCCAGGUUCAAGCGAUUCUCCUACCCCAGCCUCCUAAGUACCUUGGAAUACAGGCAUGCACCACCAUGCCCAGCUAAUUUUUUGUAUUUUUAGUAGAGAUGGGGUUUCACCAUGUUGGCCAGGCUGGUCUCGAUCUCUUGACCUCGUGAUCUGCCUGCCUUGGCCUCCCAAAGUGCUGGGAUUACAGGUGUGAGCCACCACGCCCGGCCCCAGAUGGAUUUUACAUUUGCUCUUUUGUGUUUCACUCCAAAGGGUUGUCUUCCUUGCCAAAAAGAGGGAGGGACUUGGAAUUUGAUACUAACUUUUAAAACCAGAAGCGGCUGGAUAUUUCCCAUGAUUGGGAAAAGAGUGAAAUGAGGACAUUCUGUAAACUGUCCCUCCCUAAUUCCAAGGAUCAGAAACUCCUGUUUUGCUGACUCAUUCCAUAACUGGAGAAAGAAGCUCCAUUGACCGAAGCCACAGGGCAGCAUGGAAGUUUAAAUUUUCUCUAAAAUUAAAAUGUCAAGGAUAAAGCUGGCUGCUUCCGGUGGGGGGAAGGGGAGUGGGGAGUGGGUGGUGAAACUUUUCCAGAUGAACGGACCAUAAAUGUGUUACUGGCUCUGUGCCUGUAGCUCAUUUUAUUAUGACCCUGUAUGCUCCUGAUUUAAAGAGAUCUGUGUACUGUUUACUUCCCACUUCCCAGAAUCCCUUGUAUCUCCUUUCUUGGGAAUUGUAUUUUCUAAUAAAUGACAUUUGAGAAAAAAAUGAAA